AUGGCCAAUUCGGGCCUGCAGCUGCUGGGCUUUUCCAUGGCCCUGAUGGGCUGGGUGGCCCUGGUGGCGUGCACCGCCAUCCCGCAGUGGCAGAUGAGCUCGUAUGCAGGCGACAACAUUAUCACGUCCCAGGCCAUGUACAAGGGGCUGUGGAUGGACUGCGUCACGCAGAGCACGGGCCUGAUGAGCUGCAAAACGUACGACUCGGUGCUCUCUUUGUCGGCGGCCCUGCAGGCCACUCGAGCCCUAAUGGUGGUCUCCCUGGUGCUGGGCUUCCUGGCCAUGUUCGUAGCCACGAUGGGCAUGAAGUGCACGCGCUGCGGGGGAGAUGACAAAGUGAAGAAGGCCCGGAUAGCCAUGACCGGAGGCAUCGUUUUCAUCGUGGCAGGUCUGGCUGCCCUGAUAGCUUGCUCCUGGUAUGGCCAUCAGAUUGUCACAGACUUCUAUAACCCCUUGGUCCCCAUGAAUGUUAAGUAUGAGUUUGGUCCUGCCAUCUUUAUUGGCUGGGCAGGGUCUGCUCUGGUCAUCCUGGGGGGUGCACUGCUGUCGUGCUCCUGUCCCAGGAGUGGCAACAAAGCUGCGUACCCCUCGCCCCGCUCCUACCCGAAGCCCAACUCUGCCAAGGAGUAUGUGUAAGCUGGGACCCCCUCGGCCCAGCCUGUGGGCAGGGUGUGGGGCAGAGCCGACCUGGUCCCUCCCGCUCUGCACACCAUGUACAGUUCUCCGAGGGGGGUGGGGGUGGGGACAAAAAGAAGGGAGGGUGUGCUUUUUGUACAGUAAUAAAAAUGUUUUGGAAAAUA